AUGCAGGCAGGCUUUUGGGGCGCUGAACAGCUGGGACCCGUGCUGCUGCACCUGCAGGGGCUGGCCGAUACGAGCGGGCCGAGCCCUAUUUCAGGCAUUCCCGUGACCAUCCUCCUGGGCUUUGCCCUGCGCAACAAUGGUCUUAUCAAGCUGCCGAUGGAGAGACUCAAGGCUGGACUGGAGCUGAGCAAGGGGACCCUGUUGCGGGCCGGCAUCAUUUGCAUUGGUGCCAAGUUGAGCCUGGUGGAGAUUGCCAACGUGGGCUUGCAGGGUGUACCAGCUGUGAUGGCCGCCAUUGGUACGGGCAUGUUGGUGGUACCGCGCCUGGGUCGAGCCAUGGGGCUUUCUACCAAGCUCUCCAGUCUAGUGGCGGCGGGCACGAGUAUUUGCGGGGUGACAGCCAUUUCAGCACUGAGCCCAACUAUUCGGGCCAGUGAGCAAGAGACUGCGGUGGCCGUCGCCAACGUGGUGGCCUUUGGCACCCUGAACAUGCUCCUGAUGCCCCAUGUGGCGCACGCCCUUUUUGCAAGCUCAACGCAGGCUGGUGCUUUUCUCGGCCUGUCCGUUCACGACACGGCUCAGAAAGGGACAAGGGUCAAAAGGAUCAACUCGUUUUUGGAUCUGUCGCCCAGCUCAACUCAUCUCGCCCCGCCAUGGGCCCUUUGCCUGCCGUAG